AUGGCCUCAAUGACCAACAUCUUGAAGAAUACGAGUUUGGGAGGAAAUAUUCAGCCAGCCGUUGCCAUUCAAAGUGCAGAAAUUUCAUGUGUUUAUUGUGGAGACGGACAUACUUUUGAGAAUUGCCCAUCAAAUCCAGCCUCGGUUUGCUAUGUGGGUAAUCAAAAUUUCAACUGCAACAACAAUCUGUAUUCAAACUCUUACAAUCUAGCGUGGAGGCAACAUCCAAAUCUGUCAUGGGGGGGUCAAGGAGCAAGUUCAAGUGGAGCGCCAGCACAAGGGAAACAGUCAUUUCCGCCAGGUUUUUCUCAACAGCCAAGGGCUCAACAACCUCACCAAUCUCAAGGCUCUCAAUCCAGUUUCUUGGAGAGUUUAAUGAGAGAUUAUAUGGCAAAGAAUGAUGCUGUGAUUCAGAGCCAAACAGCUUCUCUUCGUAAUCUGGAAAUUCAGUUGGGGCAACUGGCCAAUGAUCUGAAAAAUAGGCCCCAAGGUUCUUUGCCUAGUGAUACCGAGAAUCCAAGGAGGGAUGGUAAAGAACACUGCAAAGCAAUUAAUCUACGGAGUGGAAAAAUUCUGGAAAUUAAUGAGGAGAAAACAAAGGGCAGCAAGGAGCCCACUUCAAUCCAAACUGAAGGGGAAAUGAGUAAAAAACCAGCAAGUUCAGCUGCUGAAUUCAGCCCAGUUGAUACAGCAUCGGGUCAGCAUUCUGCUGCAGAAAAGACUUUACACAAGCCACCUCCACCAUUCCCUCAACGUUUUAAAAAACAACAGCAAGAUGGGCAAUUCAGGAGGUUUCUGGAUGUUUUGAAGCAGCUCCAUAUCAAUAUUCCCUUAGUGGAAGCCUUGGAGAAAAUGCCCAACUACAUGAAGUUUUUGAAAGAUAUUUUGACAAAGAAAAGGAGGCUGGGUGAGUUCGAAACAGUUGCUCUAACAGAAGGUUGCAGUGCUAUGUUGAAAAGCAAAAUUCCUCCUAAAUUAAAAGAUCCCGGCAGUUUUACGAUUCCAUGUUCUAUUGGUGGAAGAGAUGUGGGAAGAGCUUUAUGCGAUUUGGGCGCUAGUAUUAAUCUAAUGCCUAUGUCUAUUUUCAAGAAGCUGGGCAUUGGUGAAGCUCGGCCAACCACAGUUACAUUGCAGUUAGCGGACAGAUCAAUGGCUCAUCCGGAAGGGAAGAUUGAGGAUGUACUAGUGCAGGUUGACAAGUUCAUACUCCCAGCUGAUUUCAUCAUUCUUGACUAUGAAGCGGAUCGAGAAGUACCCAUAAUAUUGGGGAGGCCAUUUCUUGCCACAGGGAGGACUUUGAUUGAUGUGCAAAAUGGAGAACUUACCAUGAGGGUGAACGAUCAACAAGUGACCUUUAGUGUUUUCCAAGCCAUGAAGUUUCCGGAUAACAUAGAAGAAUGCUCUAGAUUGAGUGUAAUUGAGACACUUGUGGCUAAAACUUUUAAUAAAGAAAUUUGCAAGGCUGAUUUGGGGGUGAAUAUCUUUGAAGAUGAUGAAGAAUUUAGCAAAGAGGAGGAGUCCCAAGUCACUUGGGUAGAGUCCAGCAAACCAGCCAUGAAAUUCAGCAAGCACUUUGAGUCUUUAAAUCUGUCGGAAGGGAAUUUUAAGCCUCCAAAGCCUUCUAUCCAAGAACCACCAAAACUGGAGUUGAAACCGCUGCCCAGCCAUUUAAAAUACGCCUACUUGGGGGACAAUGAAACGCUGCCUGUGAUUAUUUCAGCGUAUUUGGGAGCUGAAGCUGAAUGUUUACUGCUAGAAGUGUUGAAGAAGCAUCAGAGGGCAAUCGACUGGACUACGGCAGACAUAAAAGGCAUUAGCUCGACGUUUUGUAUGCAUAAAAUACUGCUAGAAGCUGGCUGUAAUAACUCUAUUGAGUAG